GCGGGGUGUUGGCUUGAAGAAGUGGUGCGCAACAGUCUGUCCCGGGUCUCCGUCUCCCGUUGGCUGCUGUUGUUGUUUGCACUUUGCUGCUUCAAAGGUCCUUCAAAACAGCCGGAAGUGCAUCGUAGCCUCCAGAUAUCGGCUGAAGGAUCCGCCUGGUGCUGUAGGAAAGGUAGAUUGCAUAGACUCAUCCCUGUGAAGAUCUCUGGAGACCAUGACUAACAAAAGAAUUGCUGUGAUUGGGGGAGGUGCGAGCGGGCUCACAUCUAUCAAGUGCUGCCUAGAAGAAGGCUUGCAGCCCAUCUGCUUUGAAAGGACUGACGACAUCGGAGGGCUCUGGAGGUUCCAGGAAAAUCCUGAAGAAGGAAGGGCCAGUAUUUACAAGUCAGUCGUCAUCAACACUUCUAAGGAGAUGAUGUGCUUCAGUGACUAUCCCAUCCCAGAUCAUUUUCCUAACUUCAUGCACAACUCCCGGGUCCUGGAGUAUUUCAGGAUGUAUGCCAAAGAAUUUGACCUUCUAAAGUAUAUCAAGUUUAAGACUACUGUGUGCAGUGUGAAAAAGCAACCUGACUUCUCCACCUCAGGCCAGUGGGAAGUGGUCACAGAAUCUGAAGGGAGAAGGGAGGUAAAUGUCUUUGAUGGAGUCAUGGUUUGCACUGGCCAUCAUACCAAUGCUCACUUACCCUUGGAAAGCUUCCCUGGAAUUGAGACAUUCAAAGGACAGUACUUCCAUAGCCGAGACUAUAAGAGUCCAGAGCGUUUCACUGGAAAGAGAGUCAUUAUAAUUGGCAUUGGGAAUUCUGGAGGGGAUCUGGCUGUGGAGAUAAGCCAUGUAGCCAAGCAGGUUUUCCUCAGCACCAGGAGAGGGGCUUGGAUCAUAAAUCGUGUAGCAGACCAUGGAUAUCCUAAUGACGUGUUAUUCCUGUCUCGAUUUAACUAUUUUGUGGGGAAGAUUUGUGGUCAAUCAUUAAUGAACACAUAUUUGGAAAAAAAGAUGAACCAAAGGUUUAACCAUGAAAUGUAUGGCUUAAAGCCUAAACACAGAGCUCUGAGUCAACAUCCAACACUCAAUGAUGUUCUGCCAAAUCGUUUAAUUUCUGGCUUGGUGAAGGUGAAAGGAAAUGUGAAGGAAUUCACAGAGACAGCUGCCAUAUUUGAAGAUGGCUCCAGGGAGGAUGACAUUGAUGCUGUUAUCUUUGCCACAGGCUAUAGCUUUGCUUUUCCUUUUCUUGAAGAUUCUGUCAAAGUAGUAAAAAACAAGAUAUCUCUGUAUAAGAAGGUCUUUCCUCCUAAUCUGGAAAAGCCAACUCUUGCAAUCAUAGGCUUGAUCCAACCCUGGGGUGCCAUUAUGCCCAUUUCAGAGCUCCAAGGACGCUGGGUCACUCAAGUAUUUAAAGGGGUAAAGACAUUACCUUCACAAAGUGAAAUGAUAACAGAAAUAACUAAGGAUCAAGAGAAAAUGGAAAAAAGGUGGUCCCCGACUAGACCUGCAGUCAUGGGAAACACCACCAGUGACCGGGUGGCCGGGGAGCGCCACGGCGCCAAGGCUGCACGCGCCGAGGGCGCCAGCGGCCAUGGCCUGGACAAGGAGCACAAGAUUAUGGUGGGCAGCACCGACGACCCGAGCCUCUUCAACCUGCCGGACUCCAAGCUCCCUGGGGACAAAGAGUUUGUAUCAUGGCAGCAGGAAUUGGAGGACUCCGUAAAGCCCACACAGCAGGCCCGGCCCACUGUUAUCCGCUGGUCUGAAGGAGGCAAGGAGGUCUUCAUCUCUGGGUCCUUCAACAAUUGGAGCACCAAGAUUCCACUGAUUAAGAGCCAUAAUGACUUUGUGGCCAUCCUGGACCUCCCUGAGGGAGAGCACCAAUACAAGUUCUUCGUGGAUGGACAGUGGGUUCAUGAUCCAUCAGAGCCUGUGGUUACCAGUCAGCUUGGCACAAUUAACAAUUUGAUCCAUGUCAAAAAAUCUGAUUUUGAGGUGUUUGAUGCUUUAAAACUAGAUUCAAUGGAAAGCUCAGAGACAUCUUGUCGAGACCUUUCCAGCUCACCCCCAGGGCCUUAUGGUCAAGAAAUGUAUAUGUUUCGAUCUGAGGAGAGAUUCAAAUCCCCACCCAUCUUGCCUCCUCACCUUCUCCAAGUUAUUCUUAACAAGGACACUAAUAUUUCUUGUGACCCAGCCUUGCUCCCUGAGCCCAAUCAUGUUAUGUUAAACCAUCUCUAUGCGUUGUCCAUUAAGAUAAAGAAAAUAAAGCUCAGAGAAGUUCAAAUUGCCAGACAGUGUGAUGGUCCUUAGUGCAACCCAUCGCUACAAGAAGAAGUAUGUCACUACUCUGCUGUACAAGCCCAUCUGAAGGAAUCCCUUCCUGCCUCCCCGGCUUCAGAAGCAUCUCCUUUGCUUACCUGAGACUGGAAGGCUGAUUUGCUUUCAGGCUGAUAAGUGUGUUUCAGAGCCUGUAAGUAGGAAGCUCUGCUUUUGGAUUUGAUUGAAGAUGAGAGCUGUAUGAAUGCAUGGAAUUUAUUGUAAGAAAAAAAUUACAUAUAUAUAUAUGAGAAGAAGGUUAAUGGAAGCCUCCUAGCAAGAUGUAUUCUCUGACUGUGGGACUCAUCAAGAACUGUUUGGGAGAGCCGCAGGAAGAACCUUCAUUACAGGAAGCCUUUUUCCUAAAGUGAACAGCACAUUCAGGAUCCGUAAUGGGUGGAAAGUCUAUCACUGCUACUUGGCUUUCCAGGGGAUGGGCUUGUGCCAAAGUCCUGCCCUCCUUAACAGCUGCCUCCUUGCAGGGGCAGCUUUUCUUGCAUGAUUUUUCUGUAUUCCCAGACUAUGUGGCACAAUCAGUGUUUUUUAUAAUACCAGAUACCUUUUCCUCUCAUUUCACAUUCUUGCUUUCAUAAGCUCAGGUCCUAUACCUAUCCCUCCCCAACACAAAAAAUCAUUGGGUAAUUGGCCUAUUUCAAAGGCUGUGUGAUAUCUAAUCCACCUUGGAAACAAGGGCUGUCAGAAAGCCUCUUUUAUCCCAGCACAGGCCCAGGCCACCUGUUACCACUUGGCUCAGCAAUGCAGGUCUAUUUUCUUGUUUUAGUCUGAUGCCACAGUUUAGGAUGUAUUGGCACAUUCCCAUGGGUUUUCCCUCCUGAACUGGCCCUGUUCCAUGUUCUCUUUCUCAGAGCAGACAGCUUUGAAGGUGGGAGUGAACCAGGGAAAAAUUGCAUGUGUUUCAUCCUUGGAAGAUUUUGUGUGCCUACAUUUUUCUUCAAUUAAAAAUGGCUUUUUAUUGGUCUUACGAGAAUGCAUAGAAUUCAGACUCUUGAUAAAUGAUUAUCAAGAUUUUCUUCCCUAGUCUAGCCCUCUAAAACCUUAUAUUAAUGCAGCUGACCCUGUGCACAUCAUUACACUGAAUACUGCUUUAGAUAUAGAUUCAUUGAGGCUCACUUGUUGCACCUAAAAGGUUCCCUCAAAGAUUCAUUAGGCCAAGAAGCAAGAAAGUACCGUUGGUGUUUUCAGCCAUGAAGAGUAUUACCUCCCUGCACUAAAUGCUAAUGGGAUCAUUUUGUUCUGCCCCUUUUUUAAGAAUAUGUUUGAUGAUGAAGUGGGGUCAAUGAUUUACAUUUGUGGAAUGAAAAGUAGCUAUUCAGUCCACUCUUGGGGUUCAAAGAUAAAACGUUUUCCAGGUAUCUGUGGCUCUUCCAUUAUAGAUAAAUGCAACUCAAAGAUUUAACACCAAAGGAGGCCAAACUUGAUGCUUGAGAGAAUCCUUGACUGCUAAGAUGAGCUCAGUCACACUGAAAGGGCAUCCACAGGUCAGUUAAGUUUCCUUCUGCUUUCCUAUACAAAGCUGACAGAGUUGUCUUCCUGCAUAUAGACCUCUUAGAUCUCCUUUUUGAGAUAGUAGGGUAUAGGGUUGUUUUGCUGGGAAUGCAAAUUGCUAAGUUCUUUGAUGAUUAAACAGUAAAUAUUGCUUUAGUCACCAAAGGCUUUCUGCAGCAAUAGGAUUGUGUGGAGAACUUUUAUAGUCCCAACCACUUUUUGAAUGGUGUGCCAUUUAAAGAAUCCAGGCCAAAUCCUAUUUUAACCAACUCUUAGGAUCUACAUCAUCUUCAGUUAAACUAGAAUUUUGUUUUUUUCUAAUACCCAUUAAACAAGUGGGCCAUUUAGGAGGAUUAAAAAUCUUGGAUGUUACAUAAAGGAUUUUGUUGUACACACAUUUCUUGUCAACAGUAUUGAAAUGUAAUUGUCUUGUGUUCAUGUAUUAAAAUUUUUAUUCCACAUGGGCAUAUCAGUAGAGUGGGGAAGGAAAAGAGAUCCCUUCAGUUUCUCUCAGGCCAGAGGCUUUGUUGAAUUGGGUCUGGCUCCAAUGACAGUAGGUUUUGGUGCUACUGAUCUUUACAUCUUUUUAAUUUGGAAAGGUGCAGAGAGGGUCAGCUUCCCAAAUUUUGAGGUAAUCUCAACCAGAUGUGAAGUGGGAGCCUACUAGCUAGUAUGGAAGGCAAUGGUUAGGAAGACCUGGAUGAUGCCUCCUUCAGUAUUGUUCCUUCUUUAUACUGCCAGUACAUCCCAUGACCCUGAGAAUCCCUCUCACACUCAGUCUGUCUGCAAGAAACUUUUAGAAGGUAGAUAGGGAGAGAAGAAGGUAGCUCCAACUACAGCUCACUCAUUCUUUUAUAUUGGUUAAAGGGUUAGUUUACUUCAGCAGAGAGGUUGGCUGAUUUUGAAAAUGCAUAAAGGCAAGAAAAAAAUUUUGGCUUUUUUCUCAGCAGGGGUAGCUAUAGGAAUUUCACUGUCAGAAGAGGAAGAAAAUAGCUCUUGGGAUGGUUAGCCUUUAAAGAACUGCAUCAUGGUUUGGAGGUUGUGAGGAAAAGAAUGACUUAGCUGAGGAGUAAUACUAGGAAAAUAAAGACAUGAGUAAUUCAGAACUAUCCUUUUUAAAAUAAAUAGGUAUAACUUACUGAUGUCCUUGAAUCCCACUGUACAGAAUUUACUGUAUAAAACAUAUUUCCUUGACUCUUGUUCCUAUUUUCUACCCUUUUUUUCUAUUCUGCUUUAACUUUGUUCGUCAGGCAGACUUUACUAGGGUUUUGAGUCAAGCACUAACCUAAAAUAAAUGUUAAUCAUCUUGCUGGUAUGGAGAACUUUCAGUCGUGGUUAUUAGCUUGCAUUAAGCAUAGAGUCAAAUGGUAUUUAAUCACUAUACCUGUGAAGGGCGUACCUGGCUUAAUAGUGUUGGUGUUUUUUAAACAGUGCUUAUGUGGUAAAGCAAUCCUGUAAAAGAAGAAUCCAAGAGACGUUUCUGAGAGGAUCCUACAAACUCUGGCUCAGUCACUUCCCUCCAGUUAUUUCUAGUUUCUUGUAGACCUAAUGGAUAUGAGAUAAAACCUUUGAAAAGUGUCAAUAUUCCAUGUAUGCUGUUAAAAUGAGGUUAAAUUUGCAAAGAAGUGUUACUUCCAGACUGAGCUUAUACUAUGGGGUAUAAAUGAAGGGCAUACUAAUCAUAGAAUUCCCUGCUUUUAACUGGGGAAACAGGGCUUUUAAAAUUUUGACCUCAGGUAAAAAUGAUAUGCAAUAGUCUAUGUGUGUGUCUGAAAUGUAUUCUGCUCUCAAAGAUUUCUAAAUCCUCCUGUUCUAGUGAUUUGGGGCAUGGGCUCACUAGCAGAUACAUAGUUUGUUUCUACACUAUUCUGACUCAUCCUUAAAGCUAGGUUCCAAUUAUCAGUGGGAUAGAGGACCUGGGAGGGUAGGGGUCAAGGUCUUUUAAAACUCUGGAUCUAGGCAUUUGUCUAUUCUUAAGCAUCAGUCAUAAUUGGAGCUUAACGGGCUGUGAUUUCUGCAAUGAACCCCAACUUUUGGAGUAAAAAAAGUUAUCUUUUUAAAUUAUAAAAGAAAUAUUUCAAGAAAAGGAAAAAACUCGAGCCUGCUACUUAUUAAAUCCAAUUCUUAGUCAUGGAAUCUGUAGGAUUCAUAUUUGGACUUUGUCUUGAUUUGCUUUUCUCAAUCAUGCUUUGAAGUGAGUAAGUUUUAUUAAAAAUUAAAAUUUUUAUUAGUUUCAACAUCAAUUGGAAAUGAAUUAAUUGUGCGUAGUACAGUGCUUUUGCAGUAAGAUUGGUGUGAAAUACUAAACACUGGGUUUGUAGUCAGGUUAAAUCUGACUACAAAAUCUGAAGGGAUAACUACCAUAAAUACUAUUUUAUAUAUUGAUUAUCUCACUUUUCUAUUUCUGUCUACAGAACACCUAACCAUGCCCAGGUCUAGGUUUUAGAACAGCCAAGCUCACUUAUGUUAUUGAGCUUAAUCUCCUUACUGUGCCCUGUAUGUGAGACUUGUUUGAAGUUUGGUAAAUUUGAGGAUGUUGGUGUUAUUACACUGAAGCAUUUUGAAUGAGUGAAGCUCUGUCAGAAACGGGGAAUAAUACUAUAAUUUGAAGAGAAUUAAGAUAUGUAGGAGUACUUUAAAUGGUGCUUUUUGUAUCCUUUAGUGCUGACAUAUAGAGCUGCUUUUCAAUAUUUAAUACAGGAGUGGCAUACAAGAAUGGAUUUUAAAACUUUUCUUCAAAUGUAAUUUGUCACUGACAUGCCUGAAAAUUUUAUGAUGUAAUACAGAAACAUGAGUUUUUCCAUAAAACUGUUGAAUUAAAGUAUUAGGCAGCAAUGUGUGAAUUCUUCAUUGAUUACUGAUUAUAUUAUCAAGAUCUGUCUGCCUUGUUAAUCUCAGGACCUAAAGAAUGUAACUUGCCACAAAGGCACAUUUGAAUAAAGAGAGAAGUCACAGGGGUAGAACACAAGUGAUGU